AAAUCUCCCGAAGUUCAAGCAAGAAAUGUCAUCCAUUAGUUCCUUCCAAUCUUCUUAGCUCAUUGGAAGAUAGGAACCAAAACAUAUCGAGUCUUACCACAUCAACACCAGAAGGUGAAAUAUUGUCAUCUUCCAAUUUGAAGCCUUUCUCUUUCAGUGAACUCAAGAACGCAACUAGAAAUUUUCGACCCGACAGUCUGUUGGGUGAAGGGGGAUUUGGUUGUGUUUUCAAAGGAUGGAUUGAUGAAAACACAUGGGCCGCUACAAGGCCAGGAUCGGGAAUUGUUGUUGCUGUCAAGAAGCUUAAGCUUGAAGCUCCCCAAGGCCACAAGGAGUGGUUGACAGAAGUUAAUUAUUUGGGAAAAUUUCAUCACCCAAAUCUAGUUAAGCUGAUUGGGUAUUGCUUGGAAGGCAAGAAUCGGUUAUUGGUGUACGAGUUUAUGCCGAGAGGGAGUUUGGAGAAUCAUCUCUUCAGAA